CCUUCAAUUUAAAUCUUUCCCCAAAUCCCUCUAUAUCUUCCUCUUUCUCUUCCCUCUCCCUUCUCCGCUCUCCUCCCAAUGCCAAACCCGUAAUUUACCCACCCAAACGGAAUCCCCCAAACGCCGUAAAAAAAUGCUACCUCUCCUUCUCCUCCUCCUCCUCCUCCUCCCCCUCCCGUUACCGUUACCGUCAACCGCGGACCCAACGUCCGAGCUCUCCCUCCUCCUCUCAAUCAAAACCUCCCUCUCUGCCCCCCUCGCCUCCUGGGACCCACUCUCAACCCCCGACUACUGCCACUGGCCAGUCGCGUGCGACCCGCUCUCCGGCCACGUGAUCUCCCUCAACCUCACCGGCAUCACGCCGUCUCCCAUCUCCGGCAACAUCCCAUCCGCCAUCACCAGCUUAACGGAGCUCCGUUACGUCUCCUUAAAAGGUAACAACUUCACCGGCCGAAUUCCUGACGGUAUAAUUAACCUCAGGUCCUUAAAAGUCCUCGACUUUUCCUCCAACUCCCUCUCCGGUCGAAUCCCCGGCGAACUCAUCGGAAUGGGGUUGCUCCAAACCCUAGACCUCUCGUUCAAUAGACUCUCUGGUGAAAUUAGAGUCGGCCCAGAUUGUCAAAAUUUGAACUUUCUGGACCUUUCUAAUAAUUUCCUCGUGGGCAGGAUUCCGUCGGAGGUCGGUAGGUGUACAAAUCUUAAAGCACUGCUCCUCCGUCGGAAUAUUCUGGAAGGGAGGAUUCCGGCGGAGGUGGAGAAGCUUGUGGGGCUGGAGGUUCUUGAUGUUUCGAAGAACAGUCUCACUGAUAGGAUCCCUAGAGAGAUUGGGAGAUGUUUGAAUCUUUCGGUUUUAAUAUUGACGAAUUUGGAGGGAAAUGAUGAAGAAUUCAAUGCUUUUGUGGGUGGAACCUCGCCGGAGAUUCUUGGGAUUCCUAGCCUGGAGAUUCUUUGGGCUCCAAGAUCAAAUCUUGAUGGAAGCUUGGUGAAGUAUUCAAGCAAUUUGUGUAGCUUGAGGGUUUUGAACCUGGGACUUAAUUAUAUCACUGGUAAGUUUCCUCAAUGGCUGGUUAGUUGUCGGGAUCUUGAAUACUUGGACUUGAGUUCAAACUAUUUGGAGGGUUUUGUGCCUCAAGAGUUGGGAAUUGGAUGUAUGGGUUACUUCAAUGUGAGUGGUAAUUCUUUGUCUGGAUCUUUGAAGGGAUUUCCGGAGAGGAAUUGUUUGAAAACUUUGAUCUUAGAGGAGAAUUUUGUGAGCUCAUACUAUAGAAAUCUUAUUCAGGGUGAGAGAAAUGGCAAUGUGAUUCUUCAUGAUUUCAGUUGGAACAAUUUCAGCGGUUCAUUGCCUUUGUUGUCAUUAACAAGUGAUCAAAAUUCUUCAUAUGGAUUGUUUUUGAAUGACAAUAAGUUUAAGGGAUCAAUCUCUGAUGAAUUCUUCAGAUUAUGUGGAGAUCUAAGUGGGUUUUCAGUUAAUUUGAGUAACAAUCAGAUAUCGGGUGACAUUGGGGUUCUGUCAACUUGCUUGGCGCUGAAGAGGUUUGAAGCAGCUAAUAACAAGCUCGUCGGUGGAAUUCCUUCUGAUGUGGGCAAUUUGAGUUGGUUAGCUUAUCUUGAUCUGAGAGGAAACAAUUUGAAUGGAAACAUUGCCGAUGAAAUGGGAGUGGCUAACAGCUUACAAAUGGUUCUUCUCAGCAAUAACAGAUUAUGUGGAGCGAUACCGAUGAAGCUUGGUGAGAUAACUUCUCUUAGGGUCUUGGAUUUGUCAAGAAACUCACUUACAGGGAAAAUACCUGAAACUUUGGCUAGUGCGAAAAAUUUGGAAGUUCUCUUGUUUGAUCACAACUUGCUCUCAGGCGAGAUACCUCAGUCAUUCUCUACACUUUCCCAACUUGAGACAUUCGAUGUUUCUUUCAAUAAUGUCUCUGGUGAAAUCCCCCAACUCCACAGUCCAACCAAAUGUGAAUUUUUCAGAGGCAAUAAAUUUCUUGAGCCAUGUCCUAAGUCAAACUCAACAGGGCCAUCUGGGUUCCCUAUUCACACUGGCCCAUCAUCAAAAUUGGCUGCUGGAGGGAAAAAAUUGAAGUCAUUCACAGUGGCUGCAGUUGUUUCAGCUUCUGUUAUAGUCUGUGUUCUUGUGAUCUUGGUCCUUGUAUUGGUUGAAGGAAAGAGGAAGCUUGUUCGUCUUUCAAGCCUAAAACAAAAGGUGGUGGUGAUAUUUUCAAAUGCUCCUGCAGAGUUAAACUAUGAAAGUAUAGUGAGAGCCACAAAAAAUUUCAGUAUCCAAAACUUGAUAGGAACUGGUGGGUUUGGAGCUACAUACAAAGCUGAACUGGUCCCAGGCUUUUUAGUAGCAGUGAAGAGGCUCUCAAUGGAAAGAUUUCAAGGUCUCCAACAGUUCGACGCGGAGAUUAAAACCCUAGGGAGGAUUCGUCACAAGAACCUUGUCACACUAAUAGGUUAUCAUAUGGGAGAAAUCGAUACUUUCCUUAUUUAUAACUAUCUACCCGGUGGUAAUCUUGAAGCAUUCAUCCGUAACAUGUCAAAUAACAAUGUGGGCUGGCCUGUGAUUCACAAGAUAGCUUUGGAUGUAGCUCAAGCUCUGAUUUAUCUUCAUUAUUCUUGUGUCCCCCGAAUCGUUCAUAGAGAUAUAAAGCCUAGCAACAUCUUGCUUGAUGAUAAGCUCAAUGCCUAUCUAUCAGAUUUCGGGCUGGCUAGGUUAUUGGAAGUUUAUGAGACUCAUGCAACUACAAAUGUUGCUGGGACUUUUGGCUAUGUUGCACCGGAGUACGCAACUACUUGUAGAGUCUCUAGUAAGGCUGAUGUUUAUAGCUAUGGAGUAGUGCUUCUUGAAUUGAUUUCUGGGAAAAGGUCUCUUGAUUCAUCAUUCUCGAAUUAUGGAAAUGGGUUUACUAUUGUCUCCUGGGGGAGGUUGUUGAUUCAUGAGGAUAGGCCUAGUGACUUCUUUUGUCCAUCCUUGAUGGAAGCUGGGCAGAAAGAGAACUUGGUUUUGAUGUUGAGGCUUGCAUUGUCUUGUACUGUGGAGUCUCUCCCUGUUAGGCCGUCAAUGAAGCAGGUUAUAGAAAGAUUGAAACAAUUGAAGAACUAGGGGAUGGUACGUGAUGCUGAAUCUUUUAAGAAGAGCUUAAAGGGUUCUUGAGUUUCCUGAUCGAGGGAGACAGAUUGAGGUGAGACAGUAUCUUGUGGAAGCAUAUUUCAGUUCUCUGUUCGAAAAAUAAAGAGAAGACCAGAUUUCUGCAUUCAAAAGAAUGAGGGUAGCAUCAGGAGAGAAGCAUGUGAAUCUGAAAGACCUGUAUUGUUCUGCUCAUCCUAGGUGCAAGAUCAGCGACAACAAUGCUUCGCCAAAUCAGCGAUCGAUCUAGGCAGGAAGCUCAAGAACAAAUUGCAGUUUUCAAUGGUUUUUAAGCAAAAGUGCAAUGUUCAUUUGAUGAUACAUGAUACAAGUAGACAUUGAUCCAGAAGAUCUUUGGAAUUUUUACCACCUUCUUAAGCUGGCUAUCAGAGAUCCGACGCAAUUGCUCUUUUAUCCUGGCUCGAGAUAGACAGUAAAAGGAUAACAUUAGAGCAUAGCACUGACAAAGUCAGAAUGACGAAAACCCUGCGAAGUACAUAAAUUACUGAAAUUGAUGAAGGAAAAUUUGAGGUCUUUCCCUGCUAAGGUUUUGCAUUCAGAUGUAAAAAAUGCUUAUUAUUCCAAAGAUUUCUUUAUGUACAUGAGAAAUACCUGUUUCUUAACCUAAUAUUUGAUUAAAAUUAUAGUUA